AUCUUCCUUCUUCCUCUCUCAAGAAAAAUGGCGUCAAAAAUUCCAAUUUUGCGAACACUUUUACAGGGCUCUCUGCUUCGUAAAACUACGAAGGCUACAUAUGCUCGCUGUUUUGGUACGUCAGCUGCUUAUCAAGAGUCUCUCUACAAUGUUCCUGAAACCAAGGUAACAACUUUGGCAAAUGGUCUACGCGUUGCCACGGAGAAUUCUGGUAUACCAACAGCAACUGUUGGACUAUGGAUUGAUGCUGGCAGCAGAUUUGAAACAGAACAGAACAAUGGUGUUGCACAUUUUCUUGAGCACAUGGCAUUUAAAGGAACACAGCGCCGCACUCAGCUACAAUUGGAAUUAGAAGUUGAAAAUGCUGGAGCUCAUUUAAAUGCCUAUACUUCACGAGAACAAACAGUUUAUUAUGCAAAAUGUUUCAGUAAAGAUAUGGAUCAAGCUGUUGACAUUCUUGCUGAUAUCAUUCAAAAUUCAAAACUUGGUGAACAGGAAAUUGAACGAGAGCGUAGUGUGAUUUUGCGUGAAAUGCAGGAAGUGGAUACUCAACUGGAAGAAGUUAUAUUUGAUCAUCUUCAUGCGACUGCUUAUCAAGGAACUGCAUUAGGAAGAACCAUUUUGGGACCAACGGAAAACAUCAAGAGUAUCAAUCGAGAAGAUCUUUUGGCAUACAUCAACAAACACUACAGUGCACCCAGGAUGGUUCUUGCUGCGGCUGGUGGUGUUGACCAUGAUGCUUUGGUAAAGCUGGCCGAGAAACAGUUUAGUGGACUGAGGUCUACCUACGAGGAAACUGACGUUCCAGAACCGUGCAGAUUUACCGGUAGCGAGAUUCGAGUCCGUAACGACGAUAUGCCAUUGGCACAUAUAACGUUGGCUGUUGAAGGUUGUGGAUGGACGCAUCCUGAUUAUUUUGCGUUGAUGGUCGCCAAUGUGUUGGUGGGAAAUUGGGAUCGAUCCUUCAGCGGAGCUCAUAACGUUUCCAGUAAACUUGCACAGGACGUGUCCGAAUACAACCUCGCUCACAGUUUCAUGUCAUUUAACACUUGUUAUACAGAUACUGGAUUAUGGGGUAUAUACAUGGUCUGUGAUCGGAUGACUAUUGAUAACUUGGUUUAUGUGAUACAAAAGGAGUGGAUGCGAAUUUGUAAUAGUGUGACGGACUCUGAAGUGGAAAGAGCCCGCAAUUUAUUGAAGACUAAUAUGUUGUUCCAACUUGAUGGAUCUACGCCAAUUUGUGAAGAUAUUGGCAGACAAAUGUUGACUUAUGGUCGACGAAUUCCUCUACCAGAAUUGGAUAAAAGAAUUGAUAUGGUCGAUGCCAAGACAGUGAGAGAGGUUGCGACAAAAUAUCUUUACGAUCGUUGUAUUGCCGUCGCUGGUUUGGGUCCUGUUGAACAACUUCCCGACUACAACCGUAUGCGAUCUGGUAUGUUUUGGACGCGUUUAUAAACUACAAGGAAAAUUGUUAAAUUUUGAGGACACCUCAGUUCGCUUAGCAUGCUCGUUCGAAGCGCGUUUUCCCUUCCCUUUACGUUGUAGUACUGUGCAUGUGUGAAAUAUCGUGACAGUUUAGUUGUCUUGAAAAAUGCGAUAAGAAAUUGAGAUUGUGUUUGAUUGUGCAUUAAAAAUUGGUCUUUAAAACGUAUUUUAAACGAUAAGCAUAGUUGUGAUUAGGACAUCUGUUUGCUUGUUUUUCAUUUGUUAAUUGACAACUAGCUGUAAUAAAUUAUAUUGGAGUGAGUGUAAA